AUGCGGAGUCAAGGCAUCAAAAUCAAGAAGAUCAGUCGGCUCUACGAAACCCAACCCAUGUACUAUGAGAACCAGGACGCUUUUCUCAACGGCGUUGUUGUGAUCGAGACCAGUCUGCAACCCCUAGAACUGCUUGACGUCCUCCAACAAAUCGAACUAGAGCAGGGUCGAAGAAGGGACAUUGAGAAGGGACCAAGAACUCUGGACCUCGAUGUCAUCCUCUAUGGGGAUGACCAUAUUGACCAUGAUCGACUCAAGGUUCCUCAUCCUUUGAUGCUGGAGCGAGAAUUCGUCCUGCGACCUCUUUUGGAUGUCCUCCCCGAGCACAACAUGCUGACUCCAGCUCCCACACUUACCGAUUCACCAGCUCAGACUCAAGUCUCGAUCAAGGACGCAUUGAGUAAGAUUAGCAGUCCAGACGAAACAAUGUAUCCUGUCACGUGCUUGUCAGGGAAGUCGCCCUUGAUGGUGCCGGCAUCGGCUCGGCCCACGAGCAGAACGCUUGUAAUGGCGAUACUUAAUAUCACACCUGACUCGUUCUCUGACGGAGGCGAUUUGACAACCCACGGAAGUGAAUUCGUGGCCCAUUAUGCUGAAAAAGUGAUACACGAUGGUGCCACAAUUCUUGAUAUAGGGGGGCAGUCCACACGGCCGGGCGCGCAGUUAAUUUCUGCUGAGGAAGAGCUUGCACGUAUUCUACCUGGGCUUGAAGCCAUACGUUCUGUUCCUUCAGUUUCAUCCGGUCAAGUUCUCGUCAGUGUUGACACUUUUUACGCCUCAGUCGCACGAGGCACUUACGACAAAGAUAUGUUAUCGACAGCUGCAGAGCUGAAAAAGCCCAUCAUUCUCAUGCAUAUGCGCGGUACACCUCAAACCAUGGGCAGAUCCCACUUUCACGACUACACUUCACUUGGUGGCGUCGUGCCUGGAGUUGCGAAAGAGCUAGCUUUUCGGGUUGAGGCAGCACUGGAAGCUGGUAUAACACCCUGGCGAAUCAUGCUCGAUCCAGGUCUAGGUUUUGCCAAAUCGGCUAUGGGAAGCAUUCAGCUGCUGAGAGCCGGACCAGUAGGGCUUGUGACAGCGGAGCCAAGACUUGGUGGUUAUCCGUGGUUGAUUGGGCCGAGUCGGAAGGGGUUCAUAGGCAGGGCCACUGGAAUUGUGAUGGCUAACAGCAGAGACCAUGCCACAUGUGCUUGCAUCACGACCGCAAUCGCAACUGGUGCUGAUGUUGUACGCGUUCACGACGUCAGGAGUAUGGUGCAGGCAGGUAAGAUGGCUGACACGAUAUUCCGCGAUGUUUUGAGCGCAGAUCUCCAGAAAGAUGUUGACAUGGCCAGGAAGGGAUCUGAAAAGUCUCAAGAAAAUGUAUAG